AUGCCAAUUUAUAAUGAAGUUUGGGAGGAGGAAGGUAUACUCACUGAUAUCCUGUAGAUUUCAUGUUUAGAAACAUGAUCAAUCUUUAAACUUUGACCAAGAAUCACGUUAAGUUAUUGGACAAUCUGAAAUUUGAGUUUGUUGAAUACAAAGUAAUCUCAAUACUAAUUGAAUAUUAAAGGCAAAUCAAUUGUUGGCUUGUCAUCUUUAUGAUAGAAUGGCACAGCAUUGCAAGAAUCAAUUUGGUCUGUUUGAGGAUUCCUAUGUACCAGAAUGUCUAGAUGCCAGAAAUUACUUUUAGUUGUGUGUAAGAAUGAAUGCAUCUUAUGGAUUGGCUAAAAAGUAUUUCCCAGAGUAAAUAGCUUUCAAUUUAAACAUAGAUACUUCUUAACCAAUGAAUAUUCUAGACCAAAUCCAAACUUUAAGGAAUUAGGACUUUGAAUUAUUUAUUAAGC